AUGACAUCCCUAGUGUAUCCUACUGGAGAACUAUCUAUAAAUCCAAGUAUAGUAGCAGACUCAUUAGCAUUGUCAGGCAUAAAUCUACAUCAACGAAAUUCAUCUAAUCCAUUUGAAGUUAUUUAUGAUGAUGCAAGGCCAUCACAUACAAGAACAAAUUCAAAUUUAUGGCAUAAUUCAUAUAAUUAUGAAGAAAUAUCUAAAAAUAUUCAUUGUAAAACUCCAAAUUCUGCAAUACCUACAACACCAAUGAGUCCACCUAUAUUAACUAUUCUUGAAUCACAAUCUGGCACAUCAGGUUCAAUUGUUUCUCGACUGGCCACUUUAAGACAUCGAAAGAAUGUAAUCCGACGAAAUAAAACUAUUAAAAAGAAAGAUAUAAAAGAACAUAAACCUAUGAAAUUCCCAACACGAAGGAAAAGGAGUCUUAAAUAUAAAUCAAUUCAUGUCAAGAGUAAAUUUGAUUCAAAAAAACAAAUGUUGGAAUAUAUGAAAGGAAUAAGUUAUUAUGAUCUAGUACAUAAUUUGAUCCCUGCAUCUUUUAAAUUAUAUAAACAUACAAAGAUAUUAAGACCACGUCCAAAAAUAACUUAUGAAUCAUUUGGAAUGCCAGAACCUGAAACUCCUCAAGUUAGUAUCAAAGAAUAUGAUAUUUAUAAUAAAUACAGGAAUCUUAUAUAUGAAGGAAAAUAUCGAGUUGAGGAACUAGAUCAAGUUGUAUUACAUGAUGAAAAAUUAAAUAGAAGAUUAUUAUUUGAAAUAUUACUUAGACGUACAGUAGCUGCAAAAAUGGAUUAUAGAAUAAGAGCAGCAUUUCAGAAAUCUGUAUAUGAAGGUGAUAAUCAUAUGUUGGAACCAAUAAGAAGAUCUACGGAAACGUUAUCAACGUUUUAA